GUUUUGAUCAAUAGCAAUCAUCAAAGCAUAUUUGAUAUUUGUUGGGAUGAUUUCAAUUAUAUUUUCUUUGACAUGUAUUCAAAUAUGUUGUUUACUUGGGAAUUUUUAAUCUUAUUAAACAAAUGACUAGUUAAAUUAAAUAUGUUAUUAAUUGUCUAAUGUCUUGUUUCCAUUACUAAUUGAAUUUUGUCACUAUUUUUCUUGUUGUGUUGGAACUUAAUUUUACUUGUUUCUACAGGUGUUCCUAGAUGGAGAAAAUUUCAAUUCUCGACCAUUCUAUAUUUAAUAAAAAGAGAACUUACUUGUUAAGGUGUUCUUGGAUGGAGAAAAUUUCAAUUCUUGGUUUCCUUUUUGUCAUUCUAUGUUUAAUAACAAGAGAUCUUGCUUGCAAGGGUGAAACCCUUGAGGCAAAUUGCUUAAAAGCUGAUCGAGAAGCUCUUCUUGACUUCAAAAAUGGUCUCAAAGAUUCUUCUAACAAUCGGCUUUCAUCAUGGAUAGGAGGCAAUUGUUGUCAAUGGGAGGGAAUUGGUUGUGAAAAUAACACAAGAGUUGUUAUUUCAAUCGAUCUUCAUAACCCAUAUUAUCUUGAAGAGGCAUAUGAAAAUUGGAGCUCAAUGAACUUAAGCGGGGAGAUCCGACCUUCUUUGAUAGAACUCAAAUCUUUGAGAUCUUUAGAUUUGAGUGGCAACUCAUUUGAGCAUAUCCCAAUUCCCAAAUUCUUUGGAUCUUUGAAAAAUUUACAAUAUCUAAACUUAUCAAAUUGUGGAUUCAGAGGUGCAAUUCCUCCAACCUUGGGAAACCUUUCUAAUUUGCAAUUUCUUGAUCUUUCUUCCAUUGAAUCUCAGUUAUUUGUUAAGGACCUUGAAUGGAUGAGUAAUCUUGUUUCCUUAAGGCAUCUCAAGUUGAACUAUGUCAACCUAUCAAUGGUAGGAUCUCAUUGGAUGGAGGUAUUCAACAAGCUUUCAUUUUUAACAGAGUUGCACCUAGAAGAUUGUGGGCUCUCUAGUUCAAUUUCAUCUCUAAACUCUAUCAAUUUUACUUCACUAUCUGUCAUAAGCAUCAGUGGCAACUCUUUCCGGUCAAAGUUCCCAAUAUGGCUUCUAAACCUUAGCAGCCUUGUAUACAUUGAUGUAAGCUUUAAUAAGUUAUAUGGGCAGAUUUCACCUGGCCUUGGGGAACUACCUAACUUGCAGCACUUGGAUCUAUCUUGGAACAAAAAUCUCACAGGAAGUUUCUAUGAGUUUCUCGAAGAGAUAAAAACUGCAGUUCUGAAGGUCCUUUACCAGAACUGGGGUAUUUGGACUUGUCCUCGAAUCAAUUAGUGGGCCGAUUGCCAGAACGGUUGAGUCAGCUGGAAAAACUUACAUAUUUGGAUCUAUCCGAUAACAAGCUUCAAGGCCCUAUCCCUGCUUCUUUUGGGACAUUCAAAAAUCUGAAUGAGAU